AAAAUCUCAGGCUGUAAGCAAUUUGGUUGCUGUCCUUUUCCCUUUUACUAUUUUCAUAAUGCUUCAUGAGGAUGACGAUCCUCUAUCAACUUCUUUAUUUGAUACUACUUCUACUGCUGCUAGUACAUUUCUAGGAAACUCAAUGAACACUUCCAUGUUUGUUUCUCAGUAUGAAGAGGAUCCUUGGGGAAGUAGCUAUACAAAUACACCAGACAUGAGCAGAUCUUUUACUACUCCAAAUUUCGCAACUUCGCCACCUGUUCAUACAACUGCUGAUGCUGCAGACUCUUCACCUUUAUCUCGAAAAAGAAUUGAAUACAACGCUACCAACGUUUUAAGUGGGGCUCGCUUACCUGAAAUAUAUGAUUCUUUAUUUUCACAACAUCAACGCUCUGGUAGAGUAUCUUAUACAACACUAAGCAGUAUCUUGACCAAAGGAAGAAUAUCUGCUAAUCAAAUCGAAAAAAUUAUGCAAAUUGUUGCACCGAAUGGCGCGUCUCAUGUAACUCAGCCCGAGUUCAAUACAGCUCUUGCUUUACUGGCUUGUGCUCAGCAUAAACUUGACAUUAGCUUGGAUAGUUUGCAUAAAAAUAAAAACUAUUUACCUGAAUUGAGUAUCAUUCUGCAACAAGAACCAUCAAAGCCUGUGAAUAAUACUUAUCCUGGCAUGAAAAAGGAAAUUGUUCAACAAAAGCAUGAUAAACCAUUAUUAGACACGAAGCAUUGGUUUGAAAAUAUUGAAGAAAUCACUGUGACAGUGGCACCAGAAAGGGAAGGGUUCAUAUUCAAACAUGUAAACUACAUUGUCACAAACGAAAAAAGAUCAUCUAUUGUUCUUAGAAGAUAUAGCGAUUUUUGGUGGUUAUGGGAAGUAUUGUUAAAGCGGUAUCCUUUUAGAGCCUUACCCAAUCUACCUCCAAAGAAGCUAGGUGGAAGAGAUGCAGCAUUUCUAGAGAAACGACGAAAGGGUCUGUCAAGAUUUAUUAAUGCUGUGAUUCGUCAUCCUGUGUUACGUCAGGACGAUAUUCUAUCUAAAUUUCUAACAGAGCCGUCUGAAUUAGCCGCCUGGCGUAAACAAAAUCCUCCAAAUGUAGAUGAAGAGUUCAAAAGGAAGCCUCCAUCUAUUGAUCAAAUAAAUGCACUGAUACCUGACAACUUGGAUGAACAAUUACAAAAAACUAAAAAACGCGUAUCUGCAGCCAUCCAUCACUAUAUCAAUCUUUGCCUCAUCAUGGAGCGAAUGAUCCGUCGAAUGCAUGGUCAAGCCGCUGAUUAUUCAAGAUACUCAAUUGCUUUAAAUUCACUAGCCGAAGCAGAGCUAAGAUAUCAUGCGGGUGAAUGCAGAAACUGUCAACAGGUAGUGAGAGGGUAUGAAAUGGUUGCAAAGCAUAUGCAGAGCGAAAGUAGUAUACUAGAGAGUCAAACUGGGAAUGCUACAGACGGAGUAUUAGAAAAUUUGAAAAGGUUCAGAGAUUUAUUGGUGUCAUAUAGAGAUUUGGAGGAAAGAAGAAGUAGACUCUCUGUAAACCAGACAGACGCCAUCACGAAGCGUCUCUCAGCAAACCGUGCUAAAUUACAUCAAAAUAGUGGUGUUCCUGGCCUAGAAGCAGAAGUAGAGAGAUUAAAGGAAUCGAUAGAGGCAGAUGAGAAUGAAUUAGUUAUGCAACAGCAUAGGCUCAUAUAUAUUCGAUAUUGCAUGUGGUCUGAAAUGAUUUAUAUUCAUAAACAGCAAGCAUUUAUAUCCACUUUAUAUCAAGAUUAUGUUAAGAACGCUAUUCAUUUUUCAAACUUGCGUUCAAACAACUGGCAAGAAUUGGAAGAACCUACGUUCGAAAUGCCCACAGAUGUUCAUUUAUUCGAAUAAUAAAACAUGCUGUAUAUUUUUAAAAUUUCCGAGGGGAUAAAAACGAUCGAGUACAG